CAAACCCCUCCAUGGGAACCGAGCGCGGAGUCUUACGCCAUGCCGGGAAGCCAUGUCACGAUGGCAGCUCCAAGGAGCCGCUCCCGAAGUCCAAGGCCAGACAGCUGCUUCGAGAUGAAUGCGAGGUGGUGGAGUCAGCCUGGAAGCAAGAAGGAGGCCAAUGCCUUGUCGGACUACGACCGGGACGACAUCCUCAAGGAGAAUCCCUUGGCGCAAGGACACCUGGUGGCACUGAACCAGCAUGUCAUCACCUGUGACAGUCAGGAUUCCAAGACCCAGGAUCCAAUGGCUCUCUCCGAUGAGUGGUAUGUGCAAACUGCCCAAAGGCGGCCCAACUUCCAGAAGGAGCUGAAGAGACACCAGAAGCGAGGGUCUAAAGUUCUGUUGCUCCAGCGAGCCUAUGUGGAGAUGUUGUGCAGAAGUGUGGAGCAAGCUAAACUGAUCAUCGAAAGCGUUGACGAGUUGUGCUUCUUCCUUCUCACCAAGCGAGAUGCCAGCCAGGAGUGCUCUAGCAUCUUCGAUGAGCUUAACACGAGCGCUCUGCCAUUGACUGCACUGAUCUUCCCUGACCGCAAGAUCGGGCAAGCGCCUUUGUUCUUCGUGGUGACCAACAUGUUUCGCGGAUGCGGGCGUGAGGACAUUGAAGACCUUCAUUGCAGGCUGGAGGAAAGCCAGUGUAGCUAUCCCGACUCCUUUUGCACUUUGUGGCUUUGCACCCGCGACUUCGGGCGCUUUCAUGAGGGUUUCCCGAAGCCCGAAGGCUUCACGGUGCUUUGACUUAGAAGGUCAACAGCUGUAAGUCAGGCGGCGAUAGUUUAAAGAUGGACAUAGAUGGACAGUGGAUAUGCGGAUUCAACUUGAGAAGGAUGUUUGAAGAUCCUAGAUCAUCUAGCUUUCGUGUGCAACUUGUGAGUCAACUUGAUCCCCAAGACCGGC